ACAAAUCGGAGAGAGAGAGAGAGAGAGAGAUCUCAACACAAGUUGUGGUUGAUAUCCAUCCGACCUCUAUACACUCCCACUACCAACUGCAAAAGCAACAAAACCCCUUGAGGGAUAUCCAACCUCAUUACACAACUUGUUUGCCUCCUCUACUCUCCUCUCACAUCCUUCAUUCUAGCAUAGCUACUCCGAUGGAGCAGUACUUACUGGCUAGCUGUUAACCCUAGAGGGUGAGCCGUGUGCUUGAAAUUAUUUUUCAGCAGACUAGCUGAUUUAUUAGCUACUACCGCUGUUAAUUUUGGUAUUAUUUUUUUGCAUCCGGAAAUUAAUCAGAAAUAAUUGCUUGAUGCUUAUUUUAUCACCUUUGCGGGAGGGUCAUCAUCACCAUCAGCUCAAAGAUGAAAAACAAUUAGGUGAUGAUGGUGACGUGGAGAGUAGUUUUGCUUUUAAUGGCGGAAAUAACGCGGUGCUUGAUUUCCCAGAGUUUUCCGGGGGAAUGGGAAUGGGGAGUCUGCUGGAUAGCAUCGACUUCGAUGACUUCUUCAUUGGUAUCCAUGACGGAGAUGUGUUGCCGGAUUUGGAAAUGGACUCGGAAAUACUUGACUUUUCAAUUUCAGCACCAGCCGGCGACACCAACACAACAACAACUACACCAUCCAAAGAGGAAGAGGAGGUUGCUGACGGUUACUAUAAUACCGCAAAGACUACGACGACGUUGUCCAAAGUGGAAGAACCGGAGGAGGAGGACAUGCAGGGGCAUGACGAGGUUGCUGCAGCCGCAGUUGGUAUAACGAGUACUAAUAAUAAUUCAGGGUUGAAUCAAAAUUACUCCAGCUCCAGUACUACUACUCCUACUCCCGAUCAUCGAGUAGAUCAAGAAAUAGCGAGUAAAAGAUAUGAUACUAAUGAAAUUAGGGCAGCUCAUCGUCCAUCCUCCGGAUCCACCCGAAGAGAAUCAGCUGAUCAGAAAUUAGCAACAAAGUCUUCAUCCACAGUCCAAUCCAAGAAUUCUCAUGGGAGGCGAAAAGUUAAGGUGGAUUGGACACCAGAACUUCACAGGAGAUUCGUGCAAGCAGUAGAGCAGCUGGGGGUGGAUAAGGCAGUUCCUUCUAGGAUUCUAGAGCUUAUGGGAAUAGAUUGUCUUACUCGCCACAAUAUUGCUAGCCACCUUCAAAAAUAUCGAUCGCAUAGGAAACACUUGUUAGCCCGUGAAGCAGACGCAGCUAGCUGGACCCAGAGACGGCAAAUGUAUGGGGCAGCAGCUGCCGCUGGAGGAGGAGCAGGAGCCAAGAGUAGAAGGGACGUCAUGAUGAUGAAUAGCCCUAAUUGGCUUAAUGCACCCACCAUGGGUUUCCCUCCGAUAACUAGUACUACACCUCCUCCCAUGCACCACGCUCAACACCACCACCAGUUAACCGGACCCUUACAUGUGUGGGGUCACCCCACCAUGGACCAAUCCAUGAUGCACAUGUGUCCACCAAAGCAUCAUCUUCCCCACCAUUUCCCAUCUCCAGUACUACCACCUCCACCAACAGCUCCUGCACAUACAUGGCCUCCUCCUCUACCAUCUCCUCCAGACGCUUCGUACUGGCACCACCCUCACUCUCACCACCAGCGUGUUCCGGACGGACUAACUCCAGGAACACCGUGCUUUCCGAGGCAGCUGGCUGCUCCGACGAGAUUUCCCGCCCCACCGGUUCCGGGUAUUCCACCGCAUGCCAUGUACAAAGUAGACCACGCAGGCAUUGCUGUCCCCACUCCACCACAAUCUGGCCCUCACCCUCGUCUCGACUUUCAUCCGUCAAAAGAGAGCAUAGAUGCAGCCAUUGGAGAUGUUUUAUCGAAACCGUGGCUGCCUCUUCCUCUUGGCCUAAGACCUCCCACUACUGAUACCGUCAUGGUGGAGCUACAGCGACAGGGAGUUCCAAAAAUACCACUCUCCUGUGCCUGAUGGUGUUUGUUCAAGACACAGAGGUUGAAAACCUCAAAUUUGACGACAUGUCCUUUCAUAGAUAAUAUUGUACACAUCGACCUGCUCUGCGAGUUUUUUUCUUUUUUUUUUUUCUUUUCGGCCCGUCAUUCUUCUGCCUUCUUCCAUAAGCUAAUUGAGUACAAACUACUUUCUUCGUAAUAUGUGUCCAAGACACCUUCUUAUAUUAGCAUAUAUAUGUCGGAAUAAAGCGAAUGAUUUUUGUAGUGGUUGUUCAAAGUAAAUAAACUACAAGCUUUUUAUGCUCAA